AUGUCUUCCACGGAACCCGUUGCCCUCUACAGCCACGGCACGCUCAGUCUCGGUUUUAGCCAGCUUAAUGACAAUCGCCCCAAAGGCCACACCCCUGACCCGGCGAAAGUGGCCAUGAUCCUGGAGGAGCUCGAGCUCUCCCCUGUGAGAAUGCGCGUUUGUCCCGGCCCAGAGAGCAAACAAACAAAAAACGACGCUGAAUGGCAAAGCGACCAUGCUGACAGAGACGACCACAGGAAGGCCAUGGUCGGUCUCGCCGUCGUCAAGGAGGAAUCUUACGUCUUCAUCCAUCCCAACCGCCGCCUGCCGGCCCUUAGGGGACCCGUACUCGGGGGCUCGCCCUCUCGGAGUCCGGCGCCAUUAUUGAAUUGCCUUGUCGAGACUUACAAAGCCAACGGCAGGGUCUUGCAUCCGUCGUCGCCGCAACAGUUUCUCGUGAAGAAGCAGCCGUGUUUCCAGAUAUCGCGCCAGGGCCCCUACUUUGGCCAGCUCAGCUGGUUCAAGAUCCUCUACUCAGAGGACGUUCCUAGCGCAAAGCAGCGCUAA